CCUGUCCACCUCAACUUGUUAUCACAACUGCUCCCUUCACUCUGUCGCCAUCAUCAUCCCUGCUGUUUCGCAGAUCGGUGUUUGCUGCAUUCUGGCACUGUAGCCAGUCAUCUUGAGUCUGACUCUGUCGAGACCAAGUCACCCACCCUUCGAUAUUUCGAUUCCUCCUCGCUGCAUGACCUGCCUUCCUUGACCUUGACAAUCUGUUCACGGUCAUCGUCCUUGCCAGCGGUACUUCUCUCCCCGGUUUUCGAGGCUUCAUUCCAGAAGCCGCAUCACACCAUGGCCUCCCUUACUGCCGACCCCAACGUCGCUUCGGGCUCCAAGACGCCCGCCCAACUCUUGCAGGAGCAGCACGAGGCCAGCGAGUCUCACCAUGUCACCGUUGAAGAUGUGGUUGAUGAAGAGGAUGUUGCACAUCCACCACCACCAGAAAAUCAUGUCCACGACUCAGCUACGGCCGCAUCCACCAACGGUGUCAACGGCACUAAUGGCGUUCCUCUGUCCGCCAAAGCCGCUGGAAAGCAAAAGGCAUCCGACAAGCCCGUGGCCCUCGAUACGCAGUCCGAGGAGGCUUUCCCUUCCUUGGGAGCCUCGACCAAGGCUCCUGCACCAUCCACCUCGCGUGCUCCUGGUUGGGUUGCCAGUGCCUCCGCAAAGGCUGCCCCAACGAACGGCUCACCUGCCCUCGGUUCUCGCCCUGUCUCCUCUGGUGGCCCGACACCUUCCUCCACUCCCGGUGCCCGAACCCCAGUCCCUGGUGCCAAUGCACCUCGAGGGAAUGUCUUGCUACCAGGCCGUUUCCGGGACUCUUUCGAGAUCGACAAUGCUGACCUGGACAAGAACAAAUCCGUCAAAAGGGUCCUCGAUGAUGUCAAGAAGAAGUAUAAUGUCAUUGUUACCCCAAAGUCUACAAACUUUGCUCGGGGAACCGAAUUCAUCGCUGAGGGUCCCAAAGCGAGAGUCACUGAAGCCUUGAUGCACAUCUCCAAAGAGUUGACACUAGAGAAGCAAGUCAAGCUUGAGGUUCCAUCGGCCGUUUCCGCGCAAAUCAUUGGCAAAGCCGGUGCAAAUAUCAGAAAGUUGGAAUCCCAGUUCAACGUCAAAAUUCACAUUGAACGAGACACAAGGCCUUCCACGAACCCUGAGGACAUCAAAAUCGAUGUUGUCGAGAUCCGAGGCCACGCUGCUCAGGUCCGUCAGGUUUACGAACAGAUCUCAAACCAAGUGAAAGCUCUGCAGCCCAAGGUUGACCUUCCCGUCCGUGGCAUUCCGCCUGAGUUUUAUCCUUUUCUUGCUGGCCUUCAUCGCGAUCGCUUCCAGCAACUGGAGCAAGAGCGCGAUGUCAGGAUCAAUGUUCCCCAGUACCAUACUUGGCAACAACAGCCGCCUCCACGCCCGGCUGACGGCAAUCAACGCCCUUCUUUUGUUCCUCAUGGCGAUUCGCAUGUUGUAGUCUCUGGAGAGCAAGCUGCUGCGCUAGAAGCCCGAGCUCUCGUGGAGCAAUUGGCUGCAGAGUUGGAACAGAACCUGCUACUGGAGGAACUGGCAGCGGAACAGAUUCUGCACCCAUACAUCGUCGGCGAUCGUGGCAUGGACCCCCUGAAAUUUCUUGAAGAGACUGGGUGUGCAGUCAUUUUGCCACCACCGCAUCAUGAGACCGAAGACAUCCACAUUAUUGGACCUCGUGACAAGCUCGAGGCCGGCCGCAACCUUGCAGAGGAACUCAUGUCUCGGAAACACAACCGCGCUGUUGAUCUACAGAAGCACUUCAGUGAUGCCCCUCAGGGCGCUGAACGCCAUUCAAAGGCCCUCGCCCAAUACCUCCAACAAAAAGCAAUUGAGCGCGAAUUUCUCAACUCGCAUAACGCUGAGAUCGUCUUCCCUUCACCAUCAAGUGCCUCUUCGAGUUGGAACAUCAUUAGCAAUGAUCCUCAAAAGGCUCUCUCCGCCCGCAACGAGCUCUCCAAAAUCACCCAAGCUUAUCCCACCCCUCGCCUGCAGCUGGUAGAGGUCGAUCCAUUCUUCCACCCUCACCUUGACCAACUCCACUCGGAAAAGCUCCGAAAAGACCUAGGCGUUCACCUCAUCGUUCCUACAGACGGCUCAGACCCAGUGGUACUGGUGUAUGAGGGACCUGCACAGGAUGGUCCAUUCACGAUUCCCCGCACCAAGCCAACCAAGACUGAUCUUGCUGCAUUUGAGAAGGCUCUUCAGGAGGCACAAGCAGAACUCCUCAGCUCCAUCCCCCACCAAGGAAUCUCUGUCCAAGAUCUUCAUGUGCCCAAGAAGUUCCAGGAUAAAGUUAAACGUUUUGUCAAGAAUGAGCCGCAACCAAGUGGCCCUCAAUCUUUCCCCGUCCAGGUCGACUUUGGGCGUGCCAGAAGUGGCCCCAAGCAUACUGGCAGCGCUUCUCGUGGACCCUCGCCGGAGACUGUCUAUCUAAGAGGCCCCAGCGAAAGCGACAUUACUGAUCUGCGCAAGAAAAUUGAGCAAUUUCUUCUCGAGGCUGAGCAGGACGAGAAAGAACGCGGUUACACUCUGUCCUUCCCAUUCCCUGCCAACUACACCAAGAAUUUGAUUGGCAAGCAAGGCGCCAACAUCAAAGCUCUGAGAGAGAAACAUGAUGUUGACAUCAGUACCCAGGAGAAUGGCAAGAUCACCAUUCAAGGACCGCAGAAAAAGGCAGAGGCUGCAAAGGCAGAAAUCCUGCGCCUGGCCAAACAAUGGGAAGAUGAAGUCAAUUUUGUGAUCAAGAUUGACCCCAAGUAUCAUGGCAUGCUUGUUGGCAGAAACGGAGAGAACUUGCAGAAGAUCCAGGGCAAAGUCGACAACUCUGUCAGAAUCGAUUUCCCCAAAGCCACUAAAGCUAGUGAUGAUGCCUCAGUUGCUGAUACCGCAAGCGAGGCAGGCGGCAACCGUGCUGGGCCCUCUGGCGAUGAAAUCCGGGUUCGCGGCCCCCGCGCCAAGGCAGAGAAGGUACGAGACGAACUGCUCAGCUUGCAUCAGUACCUGGUGGAUAAUUCUUACUCUGCUACUGUGUCUGUUGCGCAAGAGCAAGUUGCCUCGCUCAUUGGCCGACGUGGUCAGGAGAUGGAAAAGCUACGCGCCGACACCGGUGCUCAGAUUGAUGUCCCCAAGCCAGGUGGCUCGGAGAGAGUAUCUAUCCAGAUCAAAGGUACGAAGCAACAGGUUGAGAAGGCAAAACAGGAGCUCCUGAAGCGAUCCAAGGCAUUUGACGAUGUUGUCACAAAGACUCUGAAUAUUGACAAGAAGCAUCAUCGUGCCCUGAUCGGGGGUGGUGGCUCCAAUAUCCAGAAUCUUGUCUCCAAAGCUGGUGGCACUGGUAGUAGUGCUGAGCACGUGCGAUUCCCACGCCAUGGAGAAGAGUCUGAUACUCUUACGAUCAAGGGUACUGCUGAUGUCGUGGACAAGAUCCUUGCGGCAAUCAAUGCAUUCGUCGACGAACGAGACAGCCAGAUCACAGAGACCAUCGACAUUCCUGUCACGUCUCAUCGCGAAUUGAUUGGACCCAAUGGGAGCACCCGCAAACAAAUCGAGGACGACUUUGGCGUUACACUCAACGUACCUCGUCAAGGCUCCGGCCAGACCGGCGUCAAAAUUGCGGGACGGGCUGAGAAUGUUGCCAAGGCCAAGGAACAUAUUCAAUCGAAGACCGUCAAGCCUCAAGGGGAAACUAUCCUGGUUCCAAAGGCAUUGCACCAUGCAGUCUCAAAGAAUGGGGCAUUGUUCCGGGAGCUUUCAAGAGAAGGCAUUCGCAUCGACCACAAUGGCCAAAAGCCACCGCCGAGAUCGGCCAAUGCCAAUGCACCUCGACAACGGACCACGAAUGGAGACGUACCUUUGAUAACAGAUCAGCCUGGCGCAGACUCGUAUUCGUGGGACAUUGUCUCCAACGAGAGUGCCACGAACGGCGAAACCGGCGACAUUCCUUGGAUCAUCUACGCUGGCAAGGACGUGACGGAGGAGACGGUGACCAAGACCAAGCAGAAGAUCCGGUCAUUGCUAGAUAAGGCGGCGGUUCCACAACACACAGGCUAUCUGAUUCUACCAGAUCCACGACUCCAUCGCCACAUUGUUGGACCAGGAGGCUCCACCAUCAACUCGAUCCGCAAACAGUCGGGUUGUGAUAUUCAAGUACCUAACAAAAACAGUGGAAAGGGGGAGGAGGGCGAGGCCAUCACCAUCGUUGGACAAGAGAAGGGUGUGCUUACUGCUCGAGACCUCAUCCUGGAGGAAAUCAGCAAAGCCACGGCAGGUCGGGGAUAGAAUACCCGUACCGGGAGCCGCCCACGUGGCUUCAGAGACGGUCAAGAUCCCGCAUACGCGGGUCAGAGCGCCAGCAGGCAGGAUGAUGUUGAAAAAACUUUUCUUUGAUGCAGACUAAAAGCCAUGUAAAAGUGUAGAUGCGAAGGAGCUGAUCUGGCCUGAGAGAUAACAAAAAAGCAUAACUUUUCGAAGGAAGAAAAGGUUUUAGUAGCUAGCGUGAGACUAUAGCAGGUAGGAUAAUACUACAAUGUUUUCCUCUCC